AUGGGAGAUAAAGAAGCAACGGGUACUCGGAUGGAAGGUGGGGAUUCCGGAGAUAUUAUUGAAAAAAGCGGAUUACCUGUUCCUACAAAUGAAGAAACUCAAGAAAAAGUGGAAAAUAAAGAACUUCAAACCUCAUCACAAAAGGAAAAGGAAAAAUACUGUGGACCUCGAAUGACCAAGAAGUUCCUCAAAGACCACUGUAAGAAAAACAAACUGUACUUCACACCUAGUCUGAAUGACACACUUUACCUGCAUUUGCAAGGCUUUUCCACCAUUGAGAACUUGGAGGAGUACACAGGGCUGAAGUGUCUCUGGCUGCAGAGCAACGGGCUGCAACACAUCCACAACCUGGAUGCCCAGACUGAUCUACGGUGCCUGUUCCUUCAGCAUAACCUUAUAGACAAACUUGAAAAUCUUGAACCUCUGAAAAAACUCUCCACCCUGAACGUCUCCAACAACUACAUUCAAGUCAUAGAGAACAUCUCCUUCCUUCCUGAACUCAGCACUCUGCAGAUUUCCCAGAACAAGCUGGAAACUGUGGAAGACAUAGAGCAUUUAAGUCAGUGUCUCGCCAUAAGUGUGUUGGACUUGUCCCACAACCGGUUGCAUGACCCCAAGAUCCUGUCUGUGUUGGAGGCCAUGCCUGAGCUGCGAGUACUGAAUCUGAUGGGAAAUGAGGUGGUGAAAAAAAUCCCAUACUACAGAAAGACCAUUAUUGUGCACCUCAAGCAGCUGACCUUCCUGGAUGACCGCCCUGUGUUCCCUAAGGACCGGGCCUGUGCAGAGGCUUGGGCUGCAGGUGGGCUGGAGGGUGAGCAAAAAGAGAGGGAGCAGUGGGACACGCGCGAAAGAAAAAAAAUCCAGGACAGCUUCGAUGAAAUGACCAUGAUUAGAAAAAAGGCCCUGGAGAGACGACGCCUCAGAGAAUUAGAAGAUAAAGAGGAAAGGGAAGCAACAUCCAGUCCAGAGGCUGAGGAAAAUGACACCCAGAUUGUAUCGUCUUGCCAAGGAGAGAAUGUCCAGCCUACCGUCAGCCUACAUGCCCACAAGGAGUUCCUGCAGAGUCAGUCAAAAGAGGGGUCACAUGAAUAUCAGACAAAUUGUGAGGGCACAUUUGUGGAAGCAGAGCACCCAGGCCAUGGGCUUCAUGCCGAUCAGCACAAGCAAGAUGACAAUCUGACACAGGCUAAGUCCACGGAAGAGGAGAAACAAAGAGGGAAUCCAGAGAACCUGGAACAGGAAGAAGAACUUUUUAGAACUGUUAGACAGAUGUUUGAGGCAGAUGAUAAAGAAGAAGAACUUUGCCCUAAAGAUAGCCUUAAAAACAACCAACCUCCUCUGGAAAGGCCACAUUUUCCUGAAACAUACAAGCUUGUAAAGACACAUGGCCCUGGGCCACUAGUGACAGAGCUGGAGGAUGAGGAGGAUCUAGAAACCAUAGACCUCCCACCGAGCAGAUCAUUGCUAAUUGAUGACCUGCCGGAUCUAGAGGAUGUGGAUACAGAGGACUUCUCUGAAAUGUUCUCUCAACAACUAUUCAAGCCCAAAAUAGAAGUACUGUCAGGGAACAGUGAUGGAGAGGAAUCAACCAGAGAUGGGAGCAUUGGGAUUUCCCCCUUUGAGCCGAAUAAAAAGUUGUUUUCCUCAGUGGGUUGCUGCCCCAAACCUACUGGGCUCACUCAUGAUUCUUCUUCACUGGUAUACAGAGGGGAUGGGAAUGACUCUCCCCACCACCCAGAGCCCAAAACCAAUCAAACCUCCUCUCCAUCACAUCGCCUCAUCGAGGAGCUCGAUUAA